UUACUUCACAGUUUGGCAGUAUGACAUGAUUACUCUUUAGUUGAGCGACUCCACAAUGAGAAAGCCCUGCCAGUUCCCAGAAUAGAAAUCUCAUUUCGGUGCAGGACUUGAGCGGGACUCGGACUGUUGUCAGCUAAAGCACAGACACGGUGAAGUUUGUUCGGAGUAAAUAUGUAAUAAUGACCUGUUUCUUUUGUGUCUGCAACACAGAACCCAUUUGCUGGUCGCUGUUCGCCGCCUCCGUCGUCGCCCUCCUCCUCAUGCUUUCAGUUCAGUCUCACCUGUUGACGCCGACGGGCAGCUCACACUGACAUGUCAUUUUUCCUGGGAGGGAUUGAAUCAAACCAGGUGAAGAUAAAAACACAACCACCAGAAAGUGGAGAUAACGAGGCUUUGAGAUGCACAGAGAACAACAAGUGAAGUCAAAGUAACUUUAACUUGUGUCUGGAAAAUGAAAGCGCUUUAGAAGUGGGCUGAAGGGACGUUUCGCUACGGUUUUUCGCGUCUCACCCUCUUUCAUUUCGUGCGGCUUUGCCUCUGUGUUAUGAGCCGGAGGACCCACAGCUCUUGUCGCUGAGGUCGGAGCAGGUUUCCCAGAAAUGCCCCAACAUAACAUGGAGAGCUCCCGGAGCCAGUGGCAGCAGGGGCUGCGACCGCCGUGGAUAACAAGAGUGGCUGGAGGUCAGAGUCCCGCCUCCUCUGGGGCAGAGUCAGACACAGAGAGUAGCAGCACGGAGAGUGAAAAGUCCUGCAUUAAAAACCUUGAAGUGGGCUCACUGAGGGCCCUGCCAUCCCCCUCGAUGCUCCAACAGCGAAUCGCAGAGAUCGACCAACAGAAAGAGGAGCUAAAGAUUGAGCUGCAGCUGGAGAUCGCCCUGCUUCGAGGCGAGCUGCAGACAGAGAAAGACCAGCUACACAGACACACACAGAAGCUGCAGGCUCUACAGCAGGAGGCCAGACAAAAAGGAAACCACAGACAUAGGGAGCGAGAGAGCCUGGAGAAGGAGAGAGGCAGGGUAGAGGAGCUGAAGAGAAGGUGUGAGGAGAAGGAGAAACUGAUCCCCAAUCAGCCAGAGAGCCAGAGAGAACAGCUAUCCCUGCAGCUGCAACAGGAAAAAGAGGUGAUGGAAGCAGCGGUUCGGGCCUUUGAGGACUGGGAGUUUCGUGUUCUGGAGCAAGAGAGUGGCAUUGACGAGGAAGACGAGAGUGCAGCUGACAAAGAGAAGGAGGGAGAGAGUGAAGGGGAUAUGGAAAAGGAAAUCUCGUGUCAGCAGCGCGCGGUCAGCACAGCUCAGGAGCGAGUCCAGCAGUUAGAGAGGGAGCUGAAGGAGAUGGAGCGGGAGAAGGAGAGGGAGCUGAACGCCUUGAGGAAAGAGAAGCGAGAACUCAUCCACACAGCUCAAAUGGUUCACAAAGAAAAGAAGCCGCUCACUGACUGGUCAAACAUCACCGGCUCUGUUCCCUGCAUGAUGUCACUUUCCCCUCCGACCAUUCACAAGCCCCCUCAGGAACCAUGCAAAGAAUCUUCCAGUUUGCCCCGAAGACGGAGCUCGCAUCGCAACAACAAGCUCCACGACAGGCCGGUCUCGGCACAGGGGUUGGUGAGGACGCUUCCAGACAGCCAGACGCCAGAGGCUUUCACUUCCCCGCUUCCCUCCCUUAGACUCAGCAAUGGACACAGCAGUGGGCACAGACCUGGGACCAGCAACUGCAGCGGGCUCCUCACUCCGUGCAACAGUGCCACAAGCUCUCGUGCUGCCAGCCCGUGCCUGUUGGAUCUUGUGGAGAUCGAGAGGAAACUGAGGGAAGCCAAGGCAGAGAGAGAGAGGCUGCUCAGAGAGAGGGAAGAGCGACGGCAGCUGUUGCUGGAGGAGAGAAGACAGAAAGAGCUAAACUCUUCCAGAGCAGAACCACUAGAGCCAGAAACCCCACCAGGGCCAGAAAUGGAACCAAAGGAGCAAACAAAUGUCAGUUCUACCCCAAACUCGCCAGAGCAGCGAAGCCUGCCACUCUUCCUCUCUCCAAACUUUGACCUCCGGGCCCAUGUGGAGUCUUUGGGUCACGGGGUGACCAGCUGCACAGACCUGCGACUGACAUCUCGACGCUGUGCAGGGUUCCUGACCAAACGAGGGGGGAGGGUCAAGACCUGGAAGAAGAGAUGGUUCCUAUUUGACACGGACCACAAACGACUCGCCUACUAUACAGACUGCGAUGAGAGGAAGCUUAAGGGAGUCAUUUACUUCCAGGCCAUAGAAGAAGUUUACUAUGACCACCUACGAACAGCCACAUCCUCUCCACGGCCCAGUCUGACCUUCUGUGUGAAGACAUACGACCGUCUUUUCUUUCUGGUGGCUUCCAAUGCAGUGUCCAUGCGGAUUUGGAUGGAUGUCAUCGUCACGGCAACAGACGAGCACAGCCGUUAUUGACCUCUUGCAUAUGUGACUGUACAAUCCUUGCGCAAAGCUACCAAGCACUGAGUCAUUUCCCCCCCAUCUGAGGGGCUGGUUUGGCUGAGAUCCACCUCAGGGGCUGAUUCUGUACCUGGACUCAUGAAUCUGUGCGAUGGUCAGAGCUGAUGUGCUGGAACAGAGUUUCACAUUGGAGGAAACUGUUACUGGAAGAGUGAUGCUUCAGUGGCGGCUGAGGUUCACCGCUGAACCAGCGGUGAACCACAAGCAGCUUUCACGCACCAGUCAGCACACUGGGCAUCUGUUACUGGGAAGUUUCACUGUUUGGGCCUGACCUCCCUCUGCUGGUCAUAGUCCAGCACUACAGGACUGGUGUACACUUCUACACCACAACACACUUCAACAGGGAGUGGACACAGUAAUAGUAACACCUGUUCAAUAUAAUGCAAUUCUAUGUAACAGUCAAGCAAUAAGCAGACUGUCAGAGAGAGGUUGAGGUUAAACACUGUGAUCAUUUUUUGUGCUGUAUUUUGUGUUGGAUUGCUUUAUAUCUUCAGGUAUUUCCAUUAAAAUGUCCACAUCCUGUAUCUUUUAUUGAAUUAAGUUAUUAACUGAAAAUUUAUAUGAGUUUCAUAUACAAAUAAAUGAAGGCAUACACUGUCAUGAAUGAACUAUUAAAUGUUUAUUUGUUAAAAAAAAAAGAAAAAAGUUGCUUUUAGUUUAUUUUCUUUUUUUCCUACAGAAAGAUUUGCAACAUUAAACAACAACAGUGAAAAAAAAUUAAUGUUCAGGAAAUACACUGACUUUCCAUCAUUCAUGUGGCCUUGAUAGAUUCAUAUAUAUAGCUCCAUUGCAAUGUCAGCGUAUUGAGUCUUGUAUAAUUUGUGUUUUUCCCAUUUUUCUUCCAGUUCUGCUUUUUGAAAUCUCAAGAUAUGUUUCAGUUUUAUGAUUAUGAAGGCACUGUUUAUCCCUCUUACUUGCUAUUAACAGUUUUAUUAUUGUAGUCACUUCUUAUUAUGCUUUCCUCAGGAAAAUGACAGAGAUAAACUACCAUACAACUCAUAGGAACACAGCCAUUUUCUUUCUUAGUUUUUUUUAAAUAUCAAGCACAUGAUCUCAAACAAGGGGGCUCUUUGUAACUGCUUACCAUCUCUAGUAUUUUUCUAGCAUCGUUUACAAUUGUUUUUAGUGAUACACAACACAAAGUUCCCACUUUUAUCUCUUUCAUACAACCAUUUCAAGUUAUGUCAGUACUGUUCGAAAGAACUUAAUAGGUGUUACUACGUUUUUUGUUUCUCCAUCCCUAUUGCAGCUCUUUUAGAUUCUGUUCACUUCUUCUUUACUUCCAAAUAACAGGAUGAAAUAGUGAGGCUGCAACAUUUCGCAGAUGUAAAUAAUUCACCUUGUUGUUUGAAUGGCUGAAUGGCUGUACUGCAGUAAAUUCAUUGUUCAACAAGGUAUUCUUAUCUCAUGCGCUCCACAAAAAUAACAUCACACAUUUGUAUUUUAUGGUAAAAUGCUGCUUAGGGUUUAGUGUUAAUCCACUAGAAGAUAUUUGCAUUGUCGUAGGGUAGAGAGAGUAUCAAAACCCUGUUGUGCUGAGCGCCACUCCCCAGACAAAUCUUACAAGAGCCGAGUGUGCCAUCGAGACACGCCACCAGUCGGACAUGACACAGUUGUUGGAUUAUUACCACUGACCCCUCAAUGCUG